AUGACUUCCACUCAAGAGGCAAACAGACUCAUUCCUGAAACUCGUCCGGAUGAGCCUGUGGACGAAAUGAACGUUACAGUUGCAGUUGAGGAUACACCGGAUAAGAAAACAUCUGGUUCGGCUUCAGCAGAUCAGGUUAUACCAAAAAAACUACAAAAGAUUCUUAAGAAUCUGAACUCGAGACAACGGGAACUCUAUGACAACGCGCCCAACGAUAUCAAAAUUAACGUUUCAGAAGUAAUUUAUGAAGAAAAAAAGAAGAAGGGUAUGUGA